GACACCAUCUUGGCCAUGCCACUGGCUAGCGUCAAGCAUCUGUUCCAGGAUGGCUUUGAUCAAGAGCCUUUCCCCCUUAUCUUCUGAGUGAUCAAAUUUGUUUGACUGCUAAAGAGAAAUUAAGGGUCCGUCCAUGAAUAAUUUAAAUGACCCCCCUAACUGGAACAUCCAGCCUAAUGCAAGGGAUGAUGAAGGCCAUGGAAGCAAAUGGAAUUAUGCUUUGUUGGUUCCCAUGUUGGGGCUGGCUGCCUUCCGUUGGAUCUGGUCCAGGGAGUCUCAGAAAGAGAUAGAAAGAGAGAGAAAAGAUAUCUAUAGAAAACUCUCAUUAGUGCAGAGAGAACUUGAAUCUAAAUAUCGUGACAUAAUCACAGAAAACCGCCGCACAGUUGCCCAUCUGGAACUGGAACUGGAAAAGGAACGGAACAGGACAGUAAGUUACCGUGAAGCCCUCGUCUCUCAGAGCCGUAAACUGGUAGAAGAAAGAAGAACUCUGGAACAAGAACGUUCAAAAUUAGAACAGGAGAAGCAGAUUCUGCAGCACUCUGGAGCUGCUGGUGCUUUGUAUCAGAAUUGCCUGGAGAAGGAAGAGCAGUGGCAAAAGAGAGCGGCUGCUUUACUAAAAGAUUUUGAAGACGCUCUUACGGAAAGGCAGGACAUCUACUGUAGCCUUGUGCUACCAAGGCACCGGCGACUGGAAAUGGAGAAGAAUUUGCUUAUUAGAGCAGCAACCGAUCCAGUUGCUGUGGACCUGGACCUGGAAACUGGCUUAAAAGAUAUUUUCAGGCAUGAUACCUAUUGCAGUAAUAUGCUUAACACCAAUAAACGUCAGAAUGGAAGGCUAAUGUGGCUCUAUCUUCGAUACUGGGAAUUAUCUGCUGAGCUCAAAAAGUUCAAGAGGGUAGAGAAGGUCAUGUUGGGAAAGUAGUAGCUAAAAAUUACCGAGUAUCAAUACAAUACACGUGUCAGAUACGGCGGUUUCCUCCGGGAUCUCAGCUUCACCACCAUAUAUGUAUUGGUCAUUUAACAGACUAUCUUAAGCACUUAAUGUCUUUCUUUGACUCACCAAGGUGAAUGGUGAUUGUGUGGUACCAUAAUGCUCAGGUUAAUUUCUCUGGUGGUUUUUAUUAACUGCAACCCUAUGCAUGUUUACUCAGAAAUAAAUUUCACUGUUCCAGUGGGGAUUAUUCCCAGACAAGUGUGUUUUUAGGAUUGCAGCUUAGAUCAGGGUACUGGGCUUAAAAGGCAAUGACUUCAGCUUCUGACACUUGCAUGACAACACCUUUUCUGUAAUAAAUCUUACUAUGCUACUUGGAA